AUGGCCACGGAUUUGGGACCAAUAGAGGCACAGAGCGGGACAGAGGGUGCUACUGAGUCAAAGCCCAAUUUUGAGAUAACGAAAUGGACAGCGGUAGCUUUUUGGUCAUGGGAUAUUGACGUUGAUAAUUGUGCCAUUUGCAGAAAUCAUAUUAUGGAACCAUGUGUAAAUUGUCAGCAGGAAGCAACUUUCAACUCGGAGCAUGAAUGUGUAGCCGCCUGGGGUGAGUGCAACCACGCAUUCCACCUACAUUGUAUUACCCAAUGGAUCAAGAGCAGAAAUGUUUGUCCGUUGGAUAAUAAACCUUGGAAAUUGGCUCGGUGUGGCAAGUGA